AUGGCUACCAACGGCACCAACGGAAACGGCGAUAAUGUCGGAACGGGCAAGGAGGAGAUCAACUACGAUAUCAUCACCCUCACUAGGCAUCUCACGGAAGAGCAGACUAAGCACAAGGAAGCCACCGGUGAUUUCACACUUCUAUGCCACGCCCUCCAGUUCUCCUUCAAGUCUAUUGCCUAUUAUAUCCGACGAGCCACUCUGAUCAACUUGACCGGUCUGGCUGGCUCUGCCAACACCACCGGUGACGACCAGAAGAAGCUCGACGUCAUCUCUAACGACCUAUUCAUCUCCGCCAUGCGCGGAUCAGGCCGUUGCCGCGCGCUGAUUUCGGAAGAAGAGGAGAAAGUUAUAUAUUUCGAUGAGCACCCAAAAGCUCGGUAUGUUGUGGCUUGCGAUCCUAUUGACGGCUCGAGCAAUUUGGAUGCCGGCGUUUCGGUUGGAACCAUCUUUAGCAUCAUGCGUCUACCGGAAGACCUCAUCGAGUCCGGAUCGAAACCCACAACGGAACAGCUUUGCAUGCCCGGUACAGAACUGGUCGCGGCCGGAUUCACAAUGUACGGAGCCUCGGCCCAGCUCGUCAUUACCAUGAAGGGUGGCAGCGUCAACGGUUUCACUCUUGACAAUGCCCUCGGCGAGUUCAUCCUCACCCACCCAACCAUGCAAAUCCCGAAGAAGCGCGCCAUCUACUCGGUUAACGAAGGCAACUCUGUCUACUGGGAGCAAAAGACCAUCGACUACUUCGACUCCUUGAAGCGUCCCAGCAAGGACCAAGACGCCUCCAAGUUCAAGCCCUACUCCUCCCGCUACAUCGGCUCCAUGGUCGCGGACGCGUACCGAACCCUACUUUACGGCGGCAUCUUCGCCUACCCCGCAGAUAAGAAGAGCCCCAAGGGCAAACUGCGGAUACUGUACGAGUGCGCGCCCAUGGCCAUGGUUAUGGAGAAUGCCGGCGGUAAGGCCAUCGACAGCAACAUGAAGAGGAUGUUGGAGGUCAAGCCCGAGCAGAUUCACGAUCGAAGUGGUAUCUACAUGGGCAGCGAAGAGGAGGUUGAGAAGGUCAUCAAAGCCCAUUCAUAG